AUGGCGUCGUCAUCAGAUGUUCCAGAAUCAGAGAAAGUCAAACAAAUCGACCACGAAAUAGAUCCUGAUGAUCUCUCUGAAACGCAAGAAAACUCUCCGAUGAAGCACGCCACUUGUGUUUUAGCUCUUAAUACGAUACUCAAGUCUCUGAUGAAGAUUCGCGUUUUCAUAAGCCAUGUCAAAUUAGCCAUUUGUCAAGAAACACACGAAGGAUUCACAAAAUAUCUUUUGAGCCUAAAUUAUCAUGACUUUCUCAGCGAACUAAGUCGCAAUCCUCCUCUGGAAGAAAAUGGUGUUUCUGAGAUCUUAGUAACCGUCUUGAAUCUUCUCCCUGACUGGAAUCACGACUUUGUCUUCGACUCUGGAUUCGAGCAUUUCUCGUUUGAGAAGAUGCUUUAUCUCAUCAAGUACAACUUAAGAAGGGUUUGCAAAUGUGAGAAACAAAGCCGCGUUCAACGUCUGAUAGAGAAACUUCCAUCUGUUUUCACAAUUGUUCUUCAAUGGGAGAAGAAUGAGACUGAACAAGAGAUAUACGAAACAGUUUCUGCUCUGGCGACUGAAAUGGAUAUUAGUGAGAUAUACAAAUACGAAGAAGGUCAUUGUCCAGACACCAAAUACCAUCUUGUGUCAAUGGUUUGUGCGCAUGGAGAUCAGUUCAGUUGCGUUGCUUUGGAAAACUAUAGAUGGGUCAGAUAUUUUGGCAAUGAGGAAGAGGUUAUUGGAAACUGGGAUACUGUUCUCAGCAUGUUUAUGCAACUGAAUAUGCGCCCUGAGAUUGUGUUUUUUGAAAACGCUGUGAAAAGGGAGAAGAUUGUCAACGACCAGAUUGAUACAAAAGUUGCUUUGGAAUGGAAGUUAGCACAACGAGAUUGGUUCUCUCAACUCCAUCUACUUGAAUUGCAGGCUAUGAAGAGGAACUUAGCAGAAGAAUGA